AUGCCUGAGAGUGCUGCACGGCCGAUGAUCGAGGAGGAAGCAGAGACCUUCGCCUUCCAGGCUGGAGCGGACAUUUCUAUGAUCGGUCAGUUUGGAGUGGGUUUCUAUUCCGCCUACCUAGUGGCCGAGAAAGUCACGGUGAUCACCAAACACAACGAUGACGAGCAGUACAUCUGGGAGUCUGCAGCUGGUGGUUCCUUCACAGUGAAGCCAGACUACGGCCCAUCCAUUGGACGUGGCACCAAAGCCAUUCUCCACCUUAAAGAAGAUCAGUCUGAAUAUGUUGAGGAGAAGCGCAUCAAGGAAGUCGUGAAGAAACACUCUCAGUUCAUCGGUUACCCCAUUACGCUCUUCGUUGAGAAACAGAGAGAGAAAGAGGUUGAUCUUGAAGAAGGAGAAAAGGAGGAGGAGGUGGCGGCCGGCGAUGAGAAAGACAAACCCAAGAUCGAGGACUUGGGCGCCGAUGAAGAUGAAGACACCAAAGAUGGUCAGAACAAGAGGAAGAAGAAGGUCAAGGAAAAGUACAUCGAUGCUCAAGAACUGAACAAGACCAAGCCCAUUUGGACCCGUAACCCUGAUGACAUCACCAACGAGGAGUACGGCGAGUUCUACAAGAGUCUGAGCAACGACUGGGAGGAUCACCUGGCUGUUAAGCACUUCUCAGUUGAGGGCCAAUUGGAGUUCCGCGCUCUAUUGUUUGUACCCAGAAGAGCCUCUUUUGACCUUUUCGAGAACAAGAAGAAGAGAAACAACAUUAAAUUAUACGUACGCAGGGUCUUCAUCAUGGACAACUGCGAGGAGCUCAUUCCAGAAUAUCUCAACUUCAUUAAGGGUGUUGUGGACUCGGAGGAUCUGCCGCUGAACAUCUCCAGAGAGAUGCUUCAGCAGAGCAAGAUCCUGAAAGUCAUCCGCAAGAACCUGGUCAAGAAGUGUUUGGAGCUCUUCACCGAGCUCUCCGAGGACAAAGACAACUACAAGAAAUACUACGAGCAGUUCUCCAAGAACAUCAAGCUGGGCAUCCAUGAAGACUCUCAGAACCGCAAAAAACUCUCAGAGCUGCUUCGCUAUUACACAUCAGCUUCCGGAGACGAGAUGGUGUCCCUCAAGGACUAUGUGUCUCGCAUGAAGGACAGCCAGAAGCACAUCUACUACAUCACUGGUGAGACCAAAGAUCAGGUGGCCAACUCUGCUUUCGUGGAGCACCUGUGCAAAGCCGGUCUGGAGGUGAUCUACAUGAUCGAGCCCAUCGAUGAGUACUGCGUCCAGCAGCUGAAGGAAUACGAUGGCAAAAACCUGGUAUCAGUGACCAAGGAAGGUCUGGAGCUGCCCGAGGACGAGGAGGAGAAGAAGAAGCAGGAAGAUUUGAAAGCCAAAUAUGAGAACUUAUGCAAGAUCAUGAAAGACAUUCUCGACAAAAAGAUUGAGAAGGUCACCGUCUCAAACCGUCUGGUGGCUUCGCCUUGCUGCAUCGUCACAAGCACAUAUGGAUGGACGGCCAACAUGGAGAGGAUCAUGAAGUCUCAGGCCUUGAGGGACAACUCCACCAUGGGCUACAUGACCGCUAAAAAGCACCUAGAAAUCAACCCCGUCCAUCCCAUCGUCGAGACCCUCAGAGAGAAAGCAGAAACUGACAAGAACGACAAGGCCGUGAAAGACUUGGUGAUCCUGCUGUUUGAAACAGCGUUGCUCUCCUCUGGAUUCACGCUGGAAGACCCACAAACACAUGCCAACCGCAUCUACAGGAUGAUCAAACUUGGUCUUGGCAUUGAUGAUGAUAACUCUACCGUAGAAGACAUUACUCAACCCGCUGAAGAAGAUAUGCCAGUUCUGGAAGGUGAUGAAGACAGUUCUAGAAUGGAGGAAGUUGACUAAAGAGUUUAUAAAGAGUAAUAAUUGUUAAUGCAUUUAAUUUAUUGUUUUUGUAAAAACAAUCCAAAAGAGAUUGUUAACU